GAAGCAAUAAUAUGCCGAGUGCAUCAUUUGAUAUAGCGUUGAUUGUAAGCCUCCGGACUGACACCCUGAUUUGUCAGAGGUUUGGCCAAGUCUUUGGACUUAGGCCUGUGCAAUUCCUCUUCCUUCUUUGAAGAUUCAGUGGACCAGGCAGAUUGUUCGAAUUUGUGAUAAAACUGAUAGUUAGUGAGUAACCUAAAACUGAUGUAGUGUGCUCAUGAAAAAAUGGAAAGCAAAGUGCCAGAGACCAGUAUACCCCUAUCAUCACUAGGUAGAUUUUAUAUUUACGCCAUCCAUGGCUAUGCAAUAGAGGUCAUGUUCACAGCAGUGUGGGAGUUUGUUGUCAACUUUAACUGGAAGUUUCCGGGCAACACCAGUGUCUGGUCCUUUCCUAUCUACGGCUUGUCUACGAUGAUGAUAGAGUAUCUGUAUCUUCGCUUAAAGGACAGAGUACCCCUGGUUGGGAGAGCACUCAUUUAUACAGUAUGGACGUACAUUUGGGAGUUCAGCACUGGAUAUAUACUGAAAAAGUUUGAUGCCUGCCCUUGGGAUUACACACCGUUUGAAGGAGAUUUUAUGGGACUGAUUACACUGGAAUAUGCCCCCUUGUGGUUCAUAGGGUGCAUGAUCUCGGAGCAGUUCGUCAUCAAAUAUACACGGCAGAUACACUGGGGGCCUCGCUUCCCCAGUAACUCCAAACCCACUUCAUCCAAUGGAGAUGUCAAGAAAUCAGACUGAGGACUGCUUAGUUCACACAAGCUAUUACCAUGAUUAUGAUUCAUAAAAAAAUAUUUUUGUAAUAAUAAUCAUAUGUCUCCCUUUAGUUCUGAUAAUAUGUAGAAAGUUGAGGUGGACAGAAAAUAGUCAUCUAUUCAGCUAAUUCAGCUUGAAUGGAUCUAGUAAAAUUGAAUAGAAUAUGUAUAAUAAGAUGUCCAUCGGACAAGGAUAGCUUUCUUGCAUCUUAUCAGCAUUUCCAUAUACUGGGUAGAAAUACUUUCUAAAUUAGUUCAGUGUGUACAGAGUGUGACAGCAAUGCUUAGUGUCCCCUGCUGUGAUAUGGCUGGAGGGUUUCUGAAGGCACAAAGGCGUUUUAUAAAAAACAAAUUAGCAGCUACAAGCUAUUAACACAGACUUUUCUAGAACACUAUGACACUGAUAAUGACCAUAUAUCUUCUAGCUCCUAACUUUAGUGUCACAACCCCCUGUGUCCAAAGGGGGGAAUAACCAUGACAACCAUCAUAAACGCCAUACUCAUAUUCCAAAUAUAUCUCUAUCCAAGGAUGAGUCUUAUGUGAUACGCUAACAGCAGGAAUCUGGGUUAUUCCAAAUGUAAUUCUAUCCCAGAAUGUCCUAUGUGAUAUGCUGGCAGCAGGAAUUUGGGUUAUUCCACCGGUGUCACUAUCUGUAAUAGACCAUGAUAGAUGCUGAUGAUGCAUAUUAUGACAUAAUAACCUCCAUCGUUACCUGAGUAUUAAACAUCAACAGGUAGAUCAACGCUUCUACAUCUGUGGGAUGGUAUUUAGUCCAAGCACUGGAAAUGGAUGGAUAAUUGGCGGUUAAUUUGUUUUGUUUGGGUAAAUUGAAUUAUGCACUUCACAGUCUAUUUUAUGUAUUUCCUGCGUGUAUUUUUAAAAUUAUUAAGACUUAAACACUAAUUCAUUUAGUCAUGUUUAUUUUUGUGGAAUGGAAGAUGCAUGUUCUUUUGUUUUUGUUUAUCACAAAUGACAUGAUUUUAAUGAAUGUACUGAUGCAUUAGCUUCCCUGACAGCUGAUUCCACUAUUAGAUUAUUGUUUACUUUGUUGUAUGGCUGAAAAAGAUGUGUUUUUGGUAACCAUGGCAACAGGCCCAUGACAAAGGUAACCUUUCAAUUUCAGGGAACAGCAUGUACUGAUUGGGUUCAAAAUAUAUUCUAAAUUGAUAGCUUUAUCAAAUUGCUGACAAUACUACAUGUUUCUUUGCCUUGUACAAACUGUUAAUUUGUAUGUGACAUAUCGCACAAACUCUUUGUUGACUACACUUUGUAAUGUGUAAUACUCACAAACCAGUUUUAGAAAAUCUGCACCUUAUGCUACUGUGAUAGGAAGAAACUAACCAAACUGAUAAAAUGAUGUGUUGAAGUGACCGGAUUCAGCUUCUACAUGUAAUAGUGCUGAUUGGCUCCGGGUUUAGGCUGUGACUCUAGUUUCACUGAUCUUGUGUGCCCCUUUGAUCCUGAGGGUUAGUUGUGCUCAGGUAGGUUUACCCCUGUCUCUAUCCUCAGCCCUUGGAUGCCCAUUAUGAUUAAGAAACCCUUUACGAUCAUAAGGGUUAGAUAGAUACCCCUUUCCGAACAAACACCCCUUUACAAUCCUUAAGUUUGAGCACCCCUUUCCAAUAAAACACCCUUUACAAUCCUUAUGGUUAGGAACCCCUUGACAACCCAUAGGGAGGGGGCACAGGUGGCCCAGUCGUCUAAGGCGCCGCGAUUCGCUGUGCAGAGUUGCGUCCCUUGAACACGCCAGAAACCUAUGAUUGUGGGUUCGAAUCCCGGUUCGCCCUGAUUAUGUUUCUAGGUUUGUCAGCACCAUACUCGUGCUCGUGGGUUUCACCGAAGUGGUAAACGUCUGAGACCUGCAUCACUUCGGGCUUUCCUUCCACAUUAAGCUGACACGCCGUGAUAUAACUGGAAUACAGUUAAAAGCGGAAUAAAACCCAACACACUCACUCACUCAUUCAACCCAUAGGGUUAGGAACCCCUUUACAAUCCUUAUGGUUAGGGGACCUCUUUACAAUCCUUGGGGUUAGGAACCUCUUUCUGCUCAAGGUUAAACCUGUCUCACUCACUCAAACACUCUGGAUUUGUGCACUCUUAGUAGGACACCAUGACAUUGAAAUCUCAUUAUGAUCAAAUGUGAGUUCUCGCUACCGCUUAACAAAGAUCUGAGGACAUCCCAUAAAGGGUCACGUCAGGACAAACUGUAACCGAGCAAUGAAAUAACUAACAGCCUCACAACCUCACACCCGACUAAACAGAGCAUGGCUUUGUUCGACAGAUUCUGUAAAAAUCUCUAGUUUCAAUGGGAUAAAUGAAACGGAAGAGACUUUCCAUAGGCCGUGGGAAGUACUGCCAUACAAUCUUGGCUACUUAAUGUACAGUCCAGAAUAUUCCUUUGUUCAGUUUUUAUAUUUUUAGUGUAGUCUCGCAUUGAGCAACCAGUUUGAAACUUGUGCCGUGAAGCUUGGGAAAGCUGCUUACUGAUUGGUCAUUGACGACUUCUUGUAAGUCGUUUCAAUGGUUGGUAAAAGUUCACGAAAGGUUGCUCUGACGUGACCCGUAAUGGGAUGUCCUCAGAUCUUUGUUUAGCGGUAGCGAGAACUAAGAUCUGAGUUUAAUGAUUUUGCAUGACAUUGUCGAUGUUAUGUUCAAACCCCACUCACUCACUUAUAACUGUCCGACACAGUCACCAUGACACUUCUUCCCCCAAACACCCCCACCCAUGUUUUAUCAUAGCUGACUCAAAUGGGACAUAUUGUACAAGGGCAGGAUUGACUAGGACUGGUUUUCAGCAUACUUCUAAUACAGGCAGUUAGUUCUGUAUAUCAGCUCAAUUUUCAGCAUUUUCAUACAGAAAUAAUUCCUCUUAUUUUCUCUUUUUAUAUUGGGACUUUUUUGGGGGGGUAUUUUAUGUACUAGGAACCAAGUGUGUUGUUUAUUUAUCAUGUUAAAAGUUUUACCUUUAUGAGUGUAUUUGUGUACAUUUGUGUUUCACACUGGUAUGUGGUUUUGCACUGUAUAUUUAUAAAGGUGUGUUAUCUGCAAUGUGUGUUCAUAAAAGUCUUGAAACAAGGGUGUAUAUGUUCUCUAAUGGUGUCAAGUGUGGUUUACUGGCACAGGUAGGGUUGGCUUUUGUGCAUAAUGGUACCAGGUGUGUGGUUUACCUGCACAGGUAGGGUUGGCUGAUGUGCAUAAAGGUACCAGGUGUGUGGUUUACCUGAACAGGUGAGGUUAGCUUUUGUGCAUAAUGGUACCAGGUGUGUGGUUUACCUGCACAGGUGAGGUUGGCUUUUGUGCAUAAAGGUACUAGGUGUGUGGUUUACCUGCACAGGUAGGGUUGACUGCACAGGUAGGGUUGGCUUUUGUGCAUAAUGGUACCAGGUGUGUGGUUUUCCUGCACAGGUAGGGUUGGCUUUUGUGCAUAAUGGUACCAGGUGUGUGGCUUACCUGCACAGGUAGGGUAGGCUUUUGUGCAUAAUGGUACCAGGUGUGUGGUUUUCCUGCACAGGUAGGGUUGACUGAUGUGCAUAAUGGUACCAGGUGUGUGGUUUACCUGCACAGGUAGGGUUGACUGAUGUGCAUAAAGGUACCAGGUGUGUGGUUUACCUGCACAGGUAGGGUUGGCUUUUGUGCAUAAAGGUACCAGGUGUGUGGUUUACCUGCACAGGUAGGGUUGACUGAUGUGCAUAAAGGUACCAGGUGUGUGGUUUACCUGCACAGGUAGGGUUGGCUUUUGUGCAUAAAGGUACCAGGUGUGUGGUGUACCUUCACAGGUAGGGUUGGUUGAUGUGCAUAAAGGUUCCAGGUGUGUGUUUUACCUGCACAGGUAGGGUUGGCUGAUGUGCAUAAUGGUACCAGGUGUGUGGUUUACCUGCACAGGUAGUGUUGGCUGAUGUGCAUAAAGGUACCAGGUGUGUGGUUUACCUGCACAGGUAGUGUUGGCUGAUGUGCAUAAAGGUACCAGGUGUGUGGUUUACCUGCACAGGUAGGGUUGGCUGAUGUGCAUAAUGGUACCAGGUGUGUGGUUUACCUGCAGCAUUAAACAACAAACAACAAUACAACAAAUUAGGAGUAAUAAUUAUCUGUCUGGUUCCGAACAGGUCUCAAGUAUCUCAAUCUUGUCGUAGGAGAUAAGAUAAGGUGGUCAGGCUGUGUGACGUGGCUGUUUGUGAGUCAGCACACCGAUAAGAUUGUACAUUGAUCAUACUCUCAGCCAGUCUGGCCUAGACUUGAUUAUUUACUUGUCAUUGGGAUAUUGCUGGAAUAUUGCCGACUCACUGCUGUGUAAAACAUCAAACAAACAAAUAUUAAUUAAUUAAAUACUAAUUAAGUCAUAGUGUCUCUGGCAAAUGCAAACAUCUGAUGAAGAGAAGAAACUAAACACUGCAAAAAUUUAAACAUUACUGUAGAGAUCAAUAUCAGAAAACAUUAAUCAGAUGAAGACAGAUUGUCAUAUAUUCUUUCAAUGUGAUGUUUUAGUACAGGGGUGAGUACUCUAUCAGGCAAAUCAUACUUUAUUUUCACUUAAAUGUAACGAUUUAAUUUAUCAACAUUUCAACCAUACACUGCCAAUCUGUCAGUAUAUAAAAAAGCAAAGAAAUGUGUCCUAAAUGUGUCGUCAUUCAACAUUUUUUCAUUUCUUAUUUACACAAUUCCCUGCAUUACUGACUUUUUUCCUUUUUAUAAAAGCUACAACCCUACCUGUUACAGGGGUAAACAAUACCCUGCCACACCGCUAGAAACAAGAAUAGUGGGACCCAUGGCUUUGUCAUCCACCAACAUUUGAAACUGCUGGAUUUUGUAAUAUCUUAAAGAAGUAUUCUAGAAUCUUUGAAGAGAGAUUAACUUGUGGAUUUCAACUUCUUCCAGUGGAACAUUUGGUUCAGGUGCUAGUACCUUUAAUGGCUGCUUGAUAACAGGUACUGGAACCUGUAUCGAAACGUCACAGUGAAAGAAUAAAGAUGUUGAAAUUCAA